UGACGCGAUCUCAAUUCCACGACGCGAAGAAGUCCCAAUGGCGACAGAAGCCGCGGGCGCGCCAUUCCUACCGGUCCACCUCCCUAGAUCUCACCGUCUCUGCUCUACGCGCCUAUAUCGUUUCCUUGUCUGAUUUCUUCUUAUUGAUUUUUAUCUGGUCAGCCAUGGCAGCCAUGUCUGUGUCGCUCAACAAUGGCGAGAGAACAGUUGUUCUUCUUUUCAUCUCCUGCGUUCUCUUCUCUCUUCCCCUCUCGCUGUUAUACCAAGGGUUUGCUCUUUGUCUCCUCACUCUCGCCGGCCUCUUCGUUGAGGUCUCCGCGGAGAAUUCUACCUCCUUGAGUCGAUUCAAGACCAGGCCAGGUGCUUCUUCAGGGAUACUACUGGGAGCUGUUACAUUGCCUGCCGUCAUGUUCUCACGCUUGAUUCAACUAUCAAGAGCAGUCGCAUCGUAUGAUGUUGGAACUGAAGAGGUUGGGUAUCUGAAUAUGCAAUACUGGGCUGUAUCUGCAAGCUGUUUCAGUGUGCUUGUUUUGCUACACUUAGUUUCACGGCAUUCAUCCAGCAAUACUGGUUCUUCUUGGUUGGGGAGUUUUCAAGAUAGAAAAUUUGGCAUUAUUUGCAUACCCUUAUAUGCAACAGUCUGCUGUAUGUCUCUUGCUACGAAUUCCCAUGGUGGAUUUCAUGUGGCAAUGGAGUUGCUAUGGGUACUUUCCCAUGGAUUGGCUGCAGUGAAGCUAAUUCAGCAUAUUCUUCACACCUUUCCAUCAUGUGCUUCAAUAGGUGAGGCACUACUUGUCACUGCGGGCCUUGUUCUCUAUUUUGGUGACAUGUUAGCAUACACUUUUGGGAAGAUCAUUGCUUAUUCAAUAUCUUCAAGGUUACUUUCUUUGCAAUUUGGAAGCAAAAGAAGUGAAAUAGGUACCAUAAUACAGGGAGUAUUGUAUGGCCUUCUCCUUUUUCCUAUACUUUACAAAUUUAUUCUCCAAAUUUGGGCACAUUUUAUAAGUAUAGACUACUCUGAAGCUUGUACAGCUGAUGAAAGGACAUCCAAGGGGAUUGGGAGAUCUCUUCUUUUCUAUGCUUCUCUGGCAGUAACCUUGGUUGUGAUUGUUCCUACGUGGAUGCAAUUUGUUCAGGAUUUUCAUGUGCAUCCGUUGUCAUGGGUCUUUACUUUUGUGUUCAUGGAGCCAUUUAAAAGGUUAGCAUUAUGUAUCUACUGGAUAGGUGUUAUAUGCCUUUCGGUGGUUCGGUUCUACAAUAUCUCAAAGAACAGCAAGAUUGAGAGAGUUCUUCUUCGGAAGUAUUACCAUAUGGUGGCUGUUUUAAUGUUUGUUCCUGCUAUCAUUUUUGAGCCCAACUUUCUUGACCUAGCAUUUGGUGUGGCUUUGGCAGUUUUCUUGGCAUUAGAAAUUGUUCGUGUAUGGAAAAUUUGGCCUCUAUGGAGAACUGUACAUCAUUUCAUGAAUGCAUUUACAGAUCAUCGCGACUCAGAUCUUCUUAUUGUCAGCCAUUUUUCAUUAUUACUGGGAUGUGCACUUCCUAAGUGGAUAUCUACUGGAUUCAAUGAUCGACCACUUGCUCCUUUAGCUGGGAUUUUGAGCCUUGGAAUCGGUGAUACAAUGGCAUCUAUGGUUGGCCACAAGUAUGGUGUCCUCAGGUGGAGCAAAACUGGCAAGAAAACUGUUGAAGGUACUGCAGCUGGUAUAACAUCUGUACUUGCAGCUUGCUCAGUUCUCCUUCCUCUUCUAGCAUCAACCAGCUAUAUACUCUCCCAGCACUGGAUCUCCUUGCUCCUAGCAGUCACAGUAAGUGGUUUGUUGGAGGCCUAUACAGCACAGCUUGACAACGCUUUCAUUCCUCUUGUUUUCUACAGCCUUCUUUGUCUAUGAGCAUUGUCCCACUGACCUAAAUCCAACAUACAAAAUUUUCAGUAGGCAACAUCGAAAAUUUAGAGGAAAUUCCAGCACUCUUGUGCUUUCUUGGGCACCAUUUUUGCAUAUAUAAGUUUGAUUACCCAGCUUGUGACAUAUUCUGAUAACGAGAAUACAUCCUGUACUGCAAACAGGUAAAUUUUCCACUGAGAACAUGUGGAAUUCUAGUUAGUCACCAUACACCCAAUUCAAUUGUUCAGCCAGUAAUAACAGUCUUGACACCCAUAUCAUGCCCCAUUAGGAGGGGAUUUAUAUAUAUUGUAGUGGAGUAGCUAGUUUCUGGAUUUUUUAUUUAAACUGAGUUCCUCUUUUAGGUGGAAGUGUACCAUAAUCAAUUCUUGUACAGUUUUAUUUUCGUGGAAACAUUUAAAGGAAAAAGAAAGGUACAGUUUUGUUUCUCUUAGAUACUGUGCAAUAUAAUAUAAUUUGAGCUCA